UUGGGCACAAAGGUAUUUUUUUCUGCAUUGAUGCUUCUGGGUCGCAGUCCCGGGAGUCCUCGUCGUAGCAUCAUCGGCUCCGAGGAAUUCGCCAAGGCCGAGCGCUCGAACUUCUUCGGACGCCGGCUGGCGCGCUUCUUGCGCCGCUCCUCGGCUGUAUCCGUGGCGGCCGAGCAGCCCAGUCACGUGCAGAGCACACGGGGCGGCACAGCUUCCGCAGCCACCUUGCGACGCGCUUCAACACAACCAGAGACGGCCAUUGGUGCCGUGGAUCCGGAGAUCGCUUUUAACGUGCACAAGGCGCACAGCUUCGGCGUGUGCACGCGCAACGGCGCCAGACUUGGCAAUGAAGAUCGCUUCCGCGCCAUAGACGACUUGGAUCUAUAUGGUCGUGGUCUGUUAGAGGUGGCGCCGCGCUCGGUGCCUCCGUUCUUCGUAGAUUUGCUAAAGGGCCGCGUGCUCGAGAACUUUAUCGUGGAAGGCCGCGCGCCGGCGCUCAAAGUCCGUACCUUACUGAAGCAUGGAAGAGCAAGCGAGGAUACACAGUUCUUUGGAGUUUAUGACGGCCAUGGUGGAGCAAGGGCCUCGUCGCUAUUGGCACUGCUUUUCCCUCUGUAUAUUCUCGCAGCACCUGAGUAUAAGAGCGACUUGGCUGCUGCGUGUCAUUCCGCUAGUAUGGCGCUUAACGAAGAGAUCUUGAAACGGGAGAAGGACGGACAUUGCGAAGGAGGAGCCACAGCUGUGACGCUGCUUAUCCGAGGCAAAACAUUCGUGCUAAGUAACACUGGCGAUUGUCGAGCGAUUAUGGUGGCAAAGAGAGAUAAAGUGGCGCACGUGACGCAGCUUACAACGGAUCAUAAGGCCUCAAACGACCAGGAAAAGCAACGAAUUGAAGAACACGGAGGUAUGGUGCUCUAUGUGAAGGGCGUGGCCCGUGUAAAUGGCCGCCUGGCGGUCGCGCGAGCUUUCGGAGACGCCGAGCUGAGCGAGCUCGUUAUCGCCGACCCAGAAGUCACCGUGCACGAGCUGCAUCGAGAAGAUGAGUACAUUGUUAUGGCCUCGGACGGCCUAUGGGACGUACUGACGAACGAGCAGGUGGCUUCUUGUAUCAGGAACAAUCCAUGGCUGAACGUUCAGGAAAUGGCCAGUAUGUUGGCCGACCGCGCCGUCGAGCUCGGAACAAUGGACAAUGUGACAGUGAUGGUGGUGGACGUACGCGGCAGAAUACCCUGA